UUUCAUUUGACGUGACUUCCAAGUCACUCUCUACAUAGUCUAUACGUAUGCAAUUUGUUGUGUACGCCUCUCUGAAACAUUUCUCGGCGCUUUUUAACAUCUCUUGAUCCGGUGGUUUUGGUUUGAAAAAUAAUAUCAACAUCAGAGAUAGAACUGCAAUCCACAUAAAGUAAUAUAACACGGAUCGUUUUUCAAGUAUGGUAUGGAUUACUCGAAGUGAAUACCGAAGCAUUGCAAUCUCACUUUCGUGCCUGUUUUCAAGUCCAAGUUGUUCUUUUUCUUGUUAACACUGUAGUUUUCUGCAGUAAAAUAUAAAAUGGUAAAAGAUAAGCCAAACUCAACUCGAGUGUAUGAUGAUGAUGGCUAUAGGAAAAGGGCAGCGUGUGUAUGUGUCAAAGAAAAUGAUCAUAAUCAAAUUCUUCUUGUAUCCUCUUCCAAUGAAAAUAGCAGUUGGAUAGUUCCUGGUGGUGGGCUUGAACCUAAUGAAGAGCCUCCUGAAGCUGCUGUUAGAGAAGUCAUGGAGGAGGCAGGAGUUUCUGGUCGUCUAGGCAUUUGCUUAGGUGUUUUUGAAAAUAACGAACGGAAACAUCGAACCACUGUUUAUAUUCUACACGUUACGAACGAACUGUCCGAGUGGGACGAUUCAAAAACAAUUGGGAGGCGCCGUAGAUGGUUUCAGUAUGAAGAAGCUCUUGCACACCUAACUGCUCAUAAGCCACUAAUGGCUCAAUGGCUUUUGAAUAAAGCAAAAGCAGAAGCCCCAAGAUAGAUCCCAGAAAAAUCUGAUUACUUAAGGACUGAGUUUAGUCCCAUUUUAUAUUAUUAUUAUUGUCUUGCUCUUUAAUUAAAGAAUUAGAAAUUAGAUCUAGUCAGCCUCCCAAGUUAACUGGAUAACCCAUGAUGUUACUGCUGAUAAUUUCUGCUCUUCCAUAUAAUUUAAUUUUUUUUUAUUAUUAUUUUGUUAAGAAAAAAAAAAAACUUUUGUUUGCCAUUUA